AUGUCGCUUCUGUUUCAGUUGGUGACCUGGGGUGACCCGGCCCUGGUCCUUCAACGUUUCCAGAGGCGCGCAGACGCCCUCGACGUUGGCGAGUACUGGGCAGCAGAAACUGCCGCAAAGAAGGGGAAGACCUCCAUUGACUCCAUCGUGGCUCUGGUGCAAGCUGAGAGGGAACGAUGGGACGAGGAGAAGGAGGCCUUGGAAGCCAACAUGGAGGAACUCAAGGAUCGCAAGCUUCGUAGUGCAUGGAACCGUGAAGAGGCGGCGCGAAGCCCCGAUGCGGAAAAGCAGGCUGAGACAUGCUCUGCAGAGAAAGAUUUGCCAUCUUUCCGACGUCAACUCCGGCAAAUGCAGGCCCUGAAGCGCGAGCACCAGGAGCUGCGCAAGGUAAUCAAAGCGCGAAGUCGAUUUGGUGCUUGGGUUUGUGAACGACACAUGAAGGAAAGCGAAGAUGAGGAGACGGAUACGGAAAAGGAGGCGUUGCGACGCAAGAUCUCGGAUCUCUUUGUAAGACUCCGUGCGGUGUGGGUCACAGAGAGCGCGCUACAGAGAUUGCUCGCAGUGGCGAGUGUCCCGGUCCAAGGAUUCGCCGAGGGCAGUGACCCUGGCUUCAGUGCGAUGUCGGGAGCCGAGGGCUGA